ACCUCUUGCACUUACUAGGCCACAGGCCCACGAAUGGCUUCUCCGCUUCCUCCUUCCCGGCCGGCCCCCGCCGUCCCCAUCCUCCAGCCGUCCAGCAUCCACAACGCCGGCGCCGCCGCCUCGAUUGCCCUCCGGCACCGGAGGUCCAGACCACGCGUUUCGGAAUGGCCAGUGAAGACUCGAAAGAUAUCCUGAAAAAUGUGGACUGGAAGACUGUAGGUGGCUCAGUGAUUACUGAAUCUAGCCAACCGAUUGUUAAGAAACGCCUCCCAAAGAAAAUCAGACAAGUCCCUGACUGUUAUUUUCUGCCACGGCGGUCCUGGCCUUCUGCACUGGCCAUCUAUGGUGCUGUUUGUGCUGCUGGGGUUGGUGCAGGGAUGCUUCUUGAGGUGUGGAUAAACAAAAAGAUCAAAGAGGAUGGUGGCAUCAUCUGGGAGAUGGAUAAGUGAUAUGGAGCACAUUUUGAUGCAGUAAAACCUCCCUUGCCAUUGUGGAGAUAGCUAACUCUGAAAAUGCUGGUGCAAAUUAACACAGCCUUGCAUUGUUUUAAAGGCGACCUGGGUACGCCUGGACGCCUAGGCGACAAGGUUUGGCUCCCAAGGCGAGCUGGGUAUGCUUCUGUAUCUGGAUUCAUCUGUGUAAUAGCAGUAUGGUGCUCCAAACUUCCAAGCUUCAUUAAACAAGCAGACUGAAAGUGUCAGAACUGCAAUUCAUAGAGAUUUUGGAUUUUGUGAGACAUCAUAACUAGUGCACUGGUAAGCAUUACUUUGAAUGUCUUUGUGGUUUUUCCAGCCGUCAAGUGGCAUGUUGUGGCCGGAUUUGACAAUCAGUGCAUCUGCCAUUAUGCGAGAAUUCAUUCA